UCCAACUCUGACCGACAUCACACACUGUUCCAUGACCACCCUUAACUGGUGCUUCUUGUUAAGUUUCUGUCCAUCAGGGGCAUGUUUGUGCUUGAAUCUUCAAUGGGGUCCCAUGUAUUCUGAUACUCUGAGGUAAGGUGUAAAAGCGGAGUGAAAAAUUAAUACAGCAUAUCCGGUCAGCUGGAAGAGUAUCUCCAAGCAUCGAUAAAGUAACAGCAACGUUGUCCACCACUGAACAUAAAAAUCAACAAAAUUCCAGAUACUACCGCCACCAGAGCCUCAGCCGCAGCCGCCGUUAAUGGGUGCCGCAGAACCUGUGGAAGAGAGAGAGACUGACGAGGUUGAAGCGGGAGAGGAGGACGAGGAGGAAGUAAAGGAUGUGGAGAAAGGGGAUGUGGGUUCUCAAGAAGAGUUGGUUGGGAGCAAUAACCAUGAAGAGUUUCACUUGUCAAGGAUGCAGAGGCUGAACCCUACGAACCCUUUGAGGCUUGUCAUUAACAAUGCCACUAGAGUUGGAACUCCCUCCCCUUCUCAGCCUACCCAUCCUGCUCAGCCUGCCCAGCCUUCUCAGCCUGCCCAGCCUGCUCAGCCUCGCUCUACACCAACCCCACAAUUAUCAGUAGUUACGUUGAAUUCAAGAGCGUACACCAACAGAAUAUCUCUGGUUCUGUUCCUUCUGCACAUGGUUGUGGCUGUUGGGCUAGUUGGUUUUCUUAUAUUCAAGGGUAUUCAAGGGCUGAUUGAAGGGUCAGAAUCUAUCAAAACAAAAGAGAAAAAAGUGUUGAGGCAUUACCUGCCACAAGUUGAAGCUGCAUCGCUUUUGAGCAUUACUCUAGCGUUUGCAUGGCAAAAGGCAGUCAGGGAAUGGCCUAGAUUCAUGGUUAAUUUUAUACUGUGGGGUUCAUUUCUCUUGUCAUUAUCUGCUGGAAUUCUACUUAUUUGCUUCCAAAAGCCUCCCACAGAUGGCAUUGGAGUCUGUUUUAUUGCCUUUGCUGUUGGUGAUGGACUAUAUGCUUGUUGGGUCACGCCGAGAAUCGGAUUUUGUUGUAAGGUCCUGAUGAGAUCACUUGAACCUGUAUCGAAAGUCCCUGAUCUGAAUCAGCCUAUUUAUUGGAUGCUUGGGGCCGGAUUCCUGUGGAUGUCCUUAUGGAUUUUAGCUGUGGUUGGAGCCUUGAAUUUUUACUUCCCCCCAUUGAUCAUUCUUGGGUUGGUUUUGAGCUUGGCUUGGACUGCUGAAGUAAUGAGAAAUGUUGCUAAUUUAACAGUAAGUAGGGUAAUUGCUCUCUAUUAUCACAGGGGAAUGCAAUCUAAUACUCAAUUCUGCUUCCAAAGAGCCUUGACUCAGAAUCUUGGAAGUGCUUGUUUAGGCUCUCUCUUUGUACCUGCGAUUGAGGCCCUGAGAAUUGUUGCUCGGGCUCUGAAUUUGCUUGAGGGAGAAGAUGAGUUCAUGUUUUGUUGUGCACAUUGCUGUCUCGGAGUCAUGGAGUCCAUCUUCAGAAAUGGAAAUGGUUGGGCCUUUGUGCAGAUAGCUGCAUAUGGAAAAGGUUUUGUGAAGGCAUCACAAGACACUUGGGAGCUGUUUAAGAAGCAAGAAAUGGAAUCUAUAGUCGACUCUGACAUAACCAGCUCAAUCUGCUUCCUAACUGGAGUCUGCAGUGGCUCUAUCUGUGUCAUAGUUGUAGCUGCUUGGACUGCCAAAGUCCACCAAAAUUUCACGGCCACCAUUUCACUCCUUGCAUUCUUCAUUGGAUACCUCAUGACCAGGAUUGCCAUGGCAGUACCACACGCCUGUGUGAGUUGUUAUUACGUUUGCUAUGCAGAGAAUCCUAACAACAGGCUGUUCGAUAAACUAAUAAAGGAUCGUCUCAACUUGAUUAAAUCUGGCCGCGAUGUUGUUGUGCCUACACCUAGAGCGCCCCACCGGUUUGCAGCAGCAUAACCGGGGCUCCAUUACUCCUCUAAAGGUAUAAAAUCAAUGUGGACAUCAUUUUGGUCAUACCAUUAAAAUGUUCCAUGCUUUGAUCACCCUAAAUUGGGGUUUUUGAGGGCUUGAUCAACCCAACAGAGCUUGAGCUAAAUGAUUCACAAUGGUAGAGGUGGUGGUGAUCAUGACAAGAUAUUGAAUGCAAAAGUUCAACCAUUAUUGGAUGUUUUUGUCUUUGUAAGGAACAUGGAGAGCCCACUGAUAUUCAAAUGAACAAUAGGCUACAAAAUAAAAGCGUUUUCUGGUCA